AUGGUACAGAGGAGCUUCAGGAUGCUGGAAUCGUGGGAGGAGAUUUUUAGGAACUUCGUCGAGGAUAGGUCAAGACAAAUUUUUGGAUGCAUUUACAGGGAGCGAGGAUUGGCUGCAGGAUACUUGGUCUUUCUUUCCUGCUUCAGAUCCGCUAACUACGUCAACGCCACGAAGGAGUGCGAACUCUCGGACAUGGACAGACUGACCGUGGCCGGAUCGAACGCCUUCCAGGCAGCCAAGGGCACGGAAUACCUCGAGAACCACUGCGUGGACGAGCCGGUCAAGCUCUGCGAGUUCAAGAAGCUGAACGGCCGCAUCCUGAAGACGGUCGACUCGGUUUACCAGGAGAUCGGAACCGCCGAGGAGUGUCGCGAGCUGUGCCUUAACUCGCCCUACAGAUGCCACUCGUACGAUUAUGGUGACACCGGCGACAUGGUGUGCCGACUCAGCCACCACUCCAGGGCCACUCUCUCCGACAUUCAGGAACCCUACCUCGACGUCCCGGAGGCGUCCACGUACGAGCUGAGCUCCUGCUACAACGUCAGCAUCGAUUGCCGGGCCGGCGACAUGGUGGCGCGCAUCCAGACGAGUAAGCUCUUCAACGGGAAGGUCUACGCGAAAGGGUCGCCCAACUCGUGCGUGCAGGACGUGAAGGGCGCCCUGGAGUUCGAGCUGCGAAUGGCCUACGACGACCUGGAGUGCAACGUUAGGCAGCAGGGUCUCGGCCGCUACCUGAACGACGUGGUCAUCCAGCAUCACGACACCAUCGUUACCAGCUCCGACUUGGGCCUGGCGGUAACCUGCCAAUACGAUCUGACCAACAAGACCGUCUCAAACGAGGUUGAUCUCGGGGUGCACGGGGACAUCACCCCCGCCCUCUCGGAAGAGGUGAUCGUCGACUCGCCCAACGUAGCCAUGAAGAUCACCGACCGCAGCGGGAGCGACGCCGUGCCCUCCGCCGAGGUGGGCGACCCCCUGGCCCUCAAAUUCGAGAUCCUCGACCCACGCAGCCCCUACGAGAUCUUCGUCCGCGAGCUCGUCGCCAUGGACGGAGUCGACUCCAGCGAGAUCGUUCUUAUCGACUCCGACGGCUGCCCCACGGACCAAGUCAUCAUGGGACCGCUCUACAAGUCGGCCACUUCCGGCAAGAUUCUGCUGUCGCACUUCGACGCCUUCAAAUUCCCGAGUUCAGAGGUGGUGCAAUUCCGAGCCCUGGUGACGCCGUGCAUGCCGACGUGCGAGCCAGUGCAGUGCGAUCAAGAAGAAUCAACCGGAGACCUGCGCUCGGUGAUCUCCUUCGGGCGGCGUCGCCGUCGUCGUGACGCCUCCCAAUCGCGGGAGGACCUGCUGCUGGUGCAGACCAUCCAGAUCACGGACAAGUUCGGCUUCGAGCGGGACGGCAAGUCGUCGAACGGAUCGACGACCAAGGACUCGGCCUACGUGGACGCCGAGGAGGUCAUCUCCGGGGUGUGCGUCAACUUGAGCGAGGCGGUGAUCGCGGGGACCGUCUUCCUGAUCGCCCAAAUCGCCAUCAUCGCAACGUGGACCUUUGUAUGGCAGCGGCGCCGACAGGUGCUGAAGCACCAGGAGGCGCUGUCGGUGUCGGUCUCGGUGCCCGGCAUGCACUCCGGUCUCCCGAGCCGCGCCGAUAGUCUCUGUAAGUUGUACGACGCCGGUUACUCGCGUCGCUUCUAAUCUAUCUAAGAGCGGCGCCCUUCUUAUCCGACCAUUGCACUAUCCGCGGGGCACCCUUGGGCCCUGCCCACCCCGCGAUGGUGGACGCGACAUCACGGCCAGACCUACCGGGGGUCGGCCGAUCGCCUCCUAGCGCUCGUCUCGCGCAUCCUUGGCGACGUCUCGCUCCCUUCCUGGCGCUCAUGAACGCGAGGAGGCAUCGCGCCCUGCCGCUGCCAAGUCCAAACGGUCGAGCGGUCCGACCCUCGACCGAAACGCCCCGACCUCGGUUGCACGGAGAGUGCGACCCUCGCAACGACGGUCGCGCUCCUCGUCCGACGAAGUCCCGACCGGCCCUGCGCGGGCGGGAAGCUCGCCCUGGCCGAUCUUUUCAGCACCUGGCGCUUCUCCCAUCGCUCGCGACGCUCCUCGGACCUCCUUUCGACGAACGGGUCAGUCGGUUAUAGAGACCUGGCCACGGCCACUCCGCGAUCUCGAAACGAGGACCGCCGAUGUGAGCUCGAAAGCCGUUGGAGUAAAACCACGGCCCAACAAAGCCGUGUCAUCGUAAAUGAUGUCAAAUUACCGCGGAUCGGAUAUCCGAUGUCUCGAGCCGAUCCGCGGGACAGUUCUGGCAAGAAGAAAGUCUCUCGUUUUCGGCUUAACUCUGAGAUUUCUGGGCUCCCUUGAGACGAUUCCAUCGAGGUCCCAUGGAAGUUCAAUCGAAAACCCUCGCGACUCUCCGAUCUAAAAAUGCACGUGUCCCUCGCAGACGGGUCGUGAUGAUUCUUCAUUAUUUGAGGUAACCGCUUUAAACUCGACAACAGUUCGCCGGCUCAUUUGGUGCAUCCUAGAACUACGACGUUCCGAUCGGCCUCUUACCAUAAAGGUACUUCUCUCCAGAGAUAGUCGUACACUUCGUGGCCUCGUGUCCUUCUUGAACGUGCAUUUCCGUUGGGUCGGAGAGCCGAAAACCUUGCGGAGCUCCCAGAAUUCUUAAGUAGUCUUGUUGAGUCGAUUACGGGACGACUCUUAGGAGAGGCCGAAGUGCUUCGCGAAGAGAAGCGGCAGCGUCCUGGUGUGUCCUGGUCCGCAGACCCGGGGCGCCACCGCGCCCGCCGUCCGACCAUGACGGGGAUUACAAUUACCCGCGGUCGUAAAUUUUCAUUACCUCCCAUGAAUCCGGAUUCGGAUCGCCGUCGAUCGCCGUCCCGGCGCGAGCGCGACGUCCCGGAUCCUCGAUCCCUUUCCGUUGGAAGUCGGACGUCGGACACGGCCCCGGAAGUGCGACCUCAAGCCACGUAAACCGACCCUCUUACUUCCGGAGCGAGGCGUGACUCCGGAGGUGACGGAGGUCGACCCGUAUUUGCCUAUACGUACUGCGGAUUCUAAUUAGCAUCGGGAAUCGAGCGUGAUUAUGCAGAUGCUCGGAGUGGGAUAUCAGUGGGACCGCGCGAUGCAGGCGGCGGUGGAAGCGGUGGAGGACGCGGCGACGGUGACGCGGUGGGGUGCGGCCGCGUAAGGGGUUGGCGAAGGUUAAUUGCCUCUUGUGGCGUCUCCGGCUAAGUUGAGCUCGCGAGGGUGGUUUGAUAGGGUAACGGAAGGGGCGCCAUUGGGGCACAUCAGGGUCCGGCUCCGUAGAGGGCCGAGUAACCUCCACCCUCUCGGACUUAACCUUAGCCGAGGCAUGCCCGUGUCGGGCAUGUUGAUUUAUGUCUCCACGCGUGAUCUUAUCAAUCCGUCCCGCUCCUCUGGUGGACCGACCACCGCGUGGAAUCGAUUUCCGCCGCCCAACUCCGUAAUAACCAUACGGGACCAAUCCCAGGCACUUGCAUGGGCGGAAACCAAAUAAUUCCAAGGAAAUUGGGCGUUCGGGAGGAGACGACCCGUACCUGUGUUCUCCCCUCCGCGUUUCUUCGAGCACUCCUUCGUAAUUGCGCGUAACCGAUAACGUUAGCGAUCGUUUUUCCCGGGUAAAUCAAGACCGUCUAAUGUCCGAUUUCCAUAUCAUUUUUCUCGCGAGGCACUUAAUAUCCCGUUUCAGCGUCGGGAUUUAUUUCCGAACUAACUUGCCGAUUAACAAUCAAUUAUAAACCGGUUUACGCUCAAUUAACGAGGUAAGUGAUGGGACUAGUUUACCACUUCUUAAUUGAAGCGAUGCUGGUAUUUUUUAUCAUUUCCGAUCAGAUAUCUCCCGCUACUCGGAACGUGUCAGAUACAACCGAUAUCAGUGAUUUUUUUCGUUUGGCGGCAAUCGGAUCGCUUAAGGGAAAGGGUGAGACAAAAGGUCCCGAGGGCAGCGGGAACGAAGGCGCGAGAGACGUCGAAUUAAUUUAAAUCGGUUAGCGGGCGACGAGGCUUUAUCGAUCACGACUGGGUAAACGGAAUCGGGCGGAUCGAAUUAAUUGAGAAACUUGAACAUUAGAAUACACUCGUCAAGACAAACGAACCGGGUCCCCUCUAAUGCCGAGGCGUUUGUCUCCAUUUCCCGCGAACGGAAACGCGAUAUUCGGCUUAAUCUAAAUUUAAACGAGGACUCGGAACGUCACGUUGGGAAUAACCCAUUGAAAUCCCACCGAAGCGUGGGAAAUAAAUUUACAAAGAGCAAUCGAAAUUGCAUUUUACCCGUCGAUAUGGACUCAUCGAAUUAGUCCUUUUUCCUUUUUUUAAUACCUUAGUUCAUUGAGUGCUUCCGAUGCUAAUAAGUGAAAUUAAAAUUUCCUUCUUUCUGUAAGUGCUAAUGUCGUGAGCCCAAAAAUGUUCAUUAUAACCGGUAUCAACGGAUAUUUAUUUAAAGGUAGGUUUUAUGUUUUGUAUAAUGGGAGAAUUUUUAAAAACUAAAAUAGUAAUUCAAUAGGACGGGAUAGGGACGGCACAGGAAAGGGACGUAACUCAAUCUACCUUUGAUAGUUACGUGCAUUGAAAUACCCGACGGUACGCCAACAGGUAUUGCCCAUUUGUUUAGAGCCAGCUGGUACAGUGCGGGACAAACGAGACGUUUCGAAUACUGGGAUAAAUUCUCCCUAAAUCUCGUCCACAGAGGUGAAGUUUCAGCGAGCCACGUGCGUCAUUGGAUUAAUCGUCGCGCAUCUCUGCGAGGAGUCUGGACAGUAGCAAUAAUUCGAAUUUCAAUCGAGCACGGUUGAUAUGGAAAAAAAAAUGCGGGAAUUCGAUCCGUCAGGGGAAAGCUUCGACGGGGACAAAGGAACGCGUAACUCACGGCCUUCACCGUGCUUUUCGCCCACCGUUUCGCCCGCCUUGCGCGCCCAUAGAUUUCCUGCUCAUCAUCGCGAUUACGCCACGCACCGCGACACGUAGACGAAGGUCCUCGCGUAAAGUAAGAGACGCAUAUGAUUUAUCAAUUAACCGUUGUUACGAUAAAGUUAAUUUCGCUAACGCUGCGGUAUAUCCAACCUGCUUCUGGUGAGAGGGUAGAGCCAAUUAUGCAAGUUCGACAAUAACGCGCGGACAGAGCAGUGCGUUUAAAUGCCGCACGCGCGCGACGCGUCGUACUCAUAUACAUACGUAUGCAUAUAUAGAUUCUUUUCGAAUGCGCGGAAAAUGCAGGGUGGCGCCAAAGUUCGCCCCGUUCGAACUGGACCGUCGCGAAGGGAACCCCCGAAAGGGCAGGUUCCCCUUCCGACGCGAGCGAGGUCGCCCUCCCCGAAGGCCAAGGAAGAAGUAGGCUUCCUACGGCCGGCUCGCUCCAGGGAUCGCAUCGAUCGACCUCGAGACUUCUCUCCUCGAGCGUCGAACCGAGCGUUCCGAUCUCGGCGUCUGGGCGAUCUUCGGGGUCGCGACCCGAGGCGACCGGCGCGACCGGCCGCCUCGAACGCGACCCGUAACGAGCGACCUCGUGGUUCCUCCUCCAACGACCGGUUUACCUGACCGCGACCUACAGGGAACGAUCGCGCGGCCUCUCUCCCGGAACCUCGGAGCCAUCGAUGGCUCCGAUCGCCUCGAUCGCCUCGAUCGCCUCGAUGGCGACCCACGACAAGGGGCCCGGAGGUGGCCUCCGGUCGCGACCCAAAACGGGCGACUUCGGCCGACCAGCUCCGUCGCGCCACCUUGUACGCCGGGCAAUCGCCGAACACUUUUCACGGGGUUCGUCGGACCCUCGUGGCGCUCGACGACGCCGCGACCGCGCCCGAUGGAACCCUUUGGAAACUGGCGUCGGUCAUAUCCAGUUAAUCAUUACGCGUAUACGAUAGCGACGGUUGUCUCAACGCCCCAUACGUCCUCCUCGAGCGCUGGGUCGACCCAAGGAGAGCGAGAGGACUUCGAGGGAAAUGCGGCCGAGUCGAGUCGGCGGGGAAGACGCCGCGGGCAGCCCGCGGCGACCGUUCCCUCGGGCCGAUUCGGCGAGUCUCGAUUUCCCUCGGUGUAGCGAACGGGAACGUAUCAGGAACGGACGGAGACGUACGGGAGGACGUUGAUAGCAGCAAGGAUAAUAUUACGAUAAUGAUAAUAUUGGGCUCGAGGACGAUCGCCUACACGGCCCGCGCGUGGGCUCCUCCCCGGCGACGGGCACGGAUACUUGCGUCUCUUCCUAAUGAAUGUCAUGUUUAUACCUUAACUUUACUGGAGUGCCUGAGUUUAGACGUCGGUGCUUGUCCUCGAGCCCGAGGUGCGCGCCAGUUCCGAAAACUCGAGAAGUUCGAGUCUGCUCUGUACCCUGACGAACGGCAGGUUUUUCGGCCCCCCGCGAUUCCUGGACCUCCAGGGGGCGAGAUCGCCCCUUAAUCCGGACAGCCGUCAUGUACAGAGCUCACCCGGCGACCGAGUCUCGUUCCGCCGCACCAACGUCGCUUAUUUAUUUACAUUUACAUGUAUCCUUUACCGUAGUAAUACUCACACGUCCAGCUUCCACCCCCGAUUCCCCUUCGUUCCUCCCCGAUUCGCCCCUUCCCCCGUUCCUCCCGUUCUUACCGUUCCUUAGGCCCCCACCCCCGCUUCCCUUGACCAUCCCUUUUAAUCAAUUUAAUCAUACAAACUGCUAUGUAAUUUAACGAUUAAUUCAAAACGACGAUAAAUAUAAUUUUUUACUAUUGAGUUGUCUCUCGCGCCAAACAUCGUACUUGUCAGUACCGUAACGUUGUACAUAGUAUAUGUGGUACAGAGAAAUAAACUCAU